CUCUACAUAUGCAUUUGACUCGUUUUCUGUCGACCACAUACCGGUGCCCGCCCAGCCUGCCGUUUUCGGUCAAUGUUAUUCUGCCAUGCGGCACCUGGCAUGUCAUAAUAGUGUCUUUCAAUUUUGAAGAGACGAGGCGCACUCACUCGUCGCCGUGCGGCUGGCCAGCCCCGCAAGCUUGGCAGUGCGCGCUCAGCUCCUGCGCUGCUCGACAGCAUUCAAUUUGGGCCGCUGCCGAUAACCUCUGGCGCGCUCCCGCGCCCUGCGCACGCUAAGCCGGCCGCUCAGCCGGACUGGCCCCCUGUGCCUCCUGGCUUCCAUGUUGCCGACACGGCGGCUGUCGGCGGUGGUUUCAUCGCUGCCUUCUUUCAUGGUAGCUUCCGGCGACCACCGCGUUGCGAGCGCGCCAGGCAGCCCCUUCGCCGCCGUCGCGCACAUACCGCAUGCUACCAGCCCCAAAGCGGUUGACACGGUGACUGACGGGAGAGCGCACAGCUGUCCACCCGGUGUGGAGAAAAGGCAGGCUGAUGCGUGUGGUGCUAGCCAUGCGGCAGCAGCUGCGACGUUGGAAACAUGCGCGCAGCGUGACGGGAAGGGCGCUGCAGACGGUUGCUCCGACGGGCGUCGGCCGCUCGCGGAAGGCGAUGUGCCCGUGUUGGAGUUCGUGCCCGCCGCGUCCUUGCCGGUCCUGUCCAUGAGAGUCCCUGCGGACCUGGAUCAACUGGCCACGGCACUGUCCUCACCCAUAGCCGCCUCCGCCGCCCUGCGGGCGGCGGACGGCGAGCUGCUGCUGCUGCAAGCAGCCGGCGCCAUCAACCCACCCGACGUCAGCGCAGUGCGCACCGAACCUGGCGCCUCCGCAGCAGCACCAGGCGGGAAGGCGGCGAGCAGGAGCUUGGGUGGCGCAGAUGUGUGGGAGUCGGUGGAGGAGCCGACGCUGGCCCUGGGCCUCUUGGCAGUGCCGGGUGCUGCUGAAGAUGCCGUGGCGGCGGCGGCGGCUGGCGCCGCUGGCGCGAGCGCGGGCGCGGGCGGUAGCAGGAGCCUGGCGGUCAGCAGGCUACUGGCCACAGUGGCGUUCCCUCCAGCAGCAAAAGCGGAAACAGCACCGGUAGGAGAACGGGAGAGUAAUUGGCACGACCGGGAAGCAGCAGAGGAAGCAGAGGGCUCCGACGCCAUGAAUGGCAACAGCAGCACUGGCCGCGCCGCGGCCGUGGUUGUGUGCUUCAGCAGGAGCCUGCUGGCAGUGGCAGAGGAAGCGUGCGCUGGAGUGGAGGUACUACCAGCCACCACCACCUGCCUCGCCAGCGUCAGUGGCGCCCUUGCAGCUGCAGCUGCAUCGUCCCACGCAGCUGCUGCUCCGAUUGGGGGCCGCGUGCGGAGUGGCGGCGCCCGCGACUCGUUCCGACGGGGCCUGUUCGAGGGGACGGUGCGCGGUGGCGUGCCCCGCUUCAGCCCCUGGGAGGUGUGCGGGUCGGGCCCGUGGGCGCGGCUGCAGUCGGCUGGUGGGUGCUGAUUGCUGUCGGACAUGUGAAUGUGCAGGCCUGUGCACAGCUGCUGCGCGCAUUGACAUGCACGCGCGCCAGGGCAGGGCACGAAACUGCCGCGAAUUGCGAUGUUCGCUGUGAUUUGCCUUGGUAUGCGUGGUCACAGACGUUAGGCAUGUGGCACCAAGCCAGUGCGACCGUGUGGCCGGGGCAGGGCCGGCCGGGGCAAGAGCCUGCAACAAGCAUGGUUACGAAGGCGUGCGUUAGUGGUAACCAUUUGGCGCACGUGCACCUUGGAGCACCGCAGUGCUCGCCUGCAUCUAUGCAACAGGGAAUGGUUCCUAUUUUGAGAUGUAAGGAUGGUUUGCAUAGAUUUUACACAUGCCUUCCUUCAAUGGUCUUUCAAUUGUUGCCGUAGCAGCAGAGGGUUUAGAGCAGUGUUUUAAUGCGGAUAUUGCUUAGCUGGCUCCAACUUGUUUCCGUGGCAAAUGUGAAAUGUAACAUAAGGUCAACGGCCUGCGUGUGUUUGGCUUGCACUAAUGGUCUGCGCGUGGCGCCAGGGCUGCUGGUGCAAGUGUCCGGCCUUCGAAGGCAGCGUGUGUUUUAAGGAGUUGAUGCUGGUGGCAAUCUCACAAACCUUGCACGACAUUAGUGCGGUGCCAGCAGAGUUGUUCCGCCUGGUAUUGAGAUACGCACACGCGUGAGCUUGAUUGCCGCUUGCCAGGCGGGUGUACGAGCUCCAUUAUGACAGCCCCAAACGAUUGAGCUUGGCGGAGUGGUGAAGAGAAGUCUUGUGACGUAUGUGUUGUCGGGGUCUGCCAGGAGUGCAGUGACCUGUUCCUAAGCAUGCAUUUUUUUAGGUGAGCAUGCGCAACUGCUGACAACGUACUUGAACGCCUGCUUUUGAGUCACUGUUUGUUGCGGUCAUGCCCACUGCUUGUGCGGGUAUGAGGCGUGCUCCUCGUUUGCCGUUACUGUAGAUAAAGCGCUGUAUGCGCCUUGUAGGGGUGGGCAGUACAGGCACGGGGCGAGGUGGAGCGCGUCUGGGCAAUGGACACUGGAAGAUUUCGAAAAACGGAACAUGAUAAUGGGGUCAGUUGGUACAGUUGCGUGGUGGUUGCGCGAGGCACUGGUUGUUAAGAUGUUGCUGGUCUAGGAAACAGGUGGUUGGGAAUAUUAUUCAUGUUUUGGAUGAGUGCCUGACAAAGACAGGUGCGGGGCUACCGGGCUAGCGACAACCGGCAGCAAGAAAUGAGGCGCCGCUUUUUGUAGGGAUGCCUAGAGAUUUGCUGGCGGCGUAGACAUGGUGGGUGUGGUCAAGCACGGGCAGGGAAGCGGCAGGGUUGAGGCUGCUGUGACCAUGCCUUGCUGUCCAUGUUUUACUUGUAAUUGAGUCGAAGU